UUAAAGAAGAGGUUUUAGGUAGCUUCAUAUCUUGCUACACAUCAGGAAUAUGUCUUUCCAAAAGAGCUCUGGAUCUUCAAGAAUGUCUGUUUGUGGUGGAGGUUAUGGAACAUCUAAUUGCUCAUUCAUUGGGAACUCUGGAGGAGCUUAUGGUUCAAGAGCUUCUUAUUGUGGUGGCCUGAGUGCAGGUGCAGCUGGUGGCUGUGGUGGAGGAGAAUUCAGUGGCUUUGGAGUGAAUGCAGGAUUUAGUGUCGCAGGUGGUUUUGGACAUGGCGGGGAUGUUCUCCUAUGUGGAGGAGAAAAAGAAACCAUGCAGAAUCUGAAUGACCGUCUGGCUUCUUACUUAACCAAAGUGCGUUCUCUAGAAGAGGCCAACAAAGAUCUUGAAUGUAAAAUUAGAGAGUGGUAUGAACAACAUCGCAAUGUACAUAUGCAAGAAAAAGACUACAGUAAAUAUUAUCGAUGUAUUGAUGACCUGAAAAAACAGAUUUUUGAUGCUACUAUGAACAAUGCCAGUAUUGUUCUUCAGAUUGACAAUGCCCGACUGGCCGCAGAUGACUUUAAACUCAAAUAUGAAAAUGAGCUUUGCCUCCGUCAAGGUGUUGAGGCAGAUAUUAAUGGUCUACGCAAAGUUCACGCUGAGCUGAACUGGUCUACGUGUGACCUAGAGUCACAACUUGAAAGUUUGACUGAGGAGAUAGCAUGUCUGAAGAAGAACCAUGAAGAGGAGAUGAAGUGUUACAAGGGAGCCACUGGCCAACUCAAUGUCGAGAUGAAGGCUGCUCCAGGAAUUGAUUUGACCGAAAUUCUAAAUGCCAUGAGAUGUGAAUAUGAAGAAAUGGCUGAGAAAAAUCGUAGAGAGGCAGAAGCUCAAUUCAUUGAAGCGAGCAAUGCCCUCAAGCAGGAGAUAUCAUGUGGGGCUGAACAGGUUCAAUCAAGCAUAACUGAAAUCACAGACCUAAAGCGUACUCUUCAAACACUGGAAAUUGAACUGCAAGCAGCUCUGGCCACGAAAAAUUCACUGGAGAACUCUUUAGCUGAGACUGAAGGAACCUACUGUGUCCAGCUUUCCCAAAUUCAAGCACAAAUUAACUCGGUAGAACAACAACUAUGUGAGUUAAGAGGAGACAUGGAGAGACAAAGUUUGGAGUAUGCGCAACUUCUCGACAUCAAGACCAGACUGGAGAGGGAAAUUGAGAUAUAUCGCCGCUUGCUUGAUGGAGAGUCAAGCAUGAAGAUCCCUCCACCACCCACUCAAGACUCUUCCAAAACCCGAAAGAUUAAAACCAUUAUUGAAGAAAUGCGAGAUGGAGUAGUGGUAUCGCAACAAGUCAAAGAAACUGAAGAGAAGUGCUAAAAAGGAACAUGUCCUUCAAUUUGCAGUGGACCAGAUCAAUAAAGCAACCUCUUCCGUGUGUUUCUCCAAAGCAAAUACCUGCCCUUAAAACAACUAUGCAUGACUUUCUGCUUUCUAUGAACCUUAUCUAAAACCUGAAAUAUAUACUUAGUUGAACUUUAGAGAUACUGUAAGCUACUGAUUUCAAU